AAGAGAACAAGGAGAGAACUGAUUGGCUAGUGCAGGGUAAACAGGGUCAAUAAAAGGCAGCUGUAGAACAAGAAGUCAGAGGUACUUCCCACCUAGAGUCAAAACUCUGGUGCGCAGAUAGAGCCUCCUCGCCAUGAGUGGGUGCCCAUAUUUAGGAAACAACUUUGGAUACGCUUUUAAAAACUUAUCUGUAGAAAGCAGGGACGAAGACAAAUCACAGACCGGUGUGAACAGGGCGAGCAAAGGAGGACUCAUCUAUGGGAGCUACUUGCAGUUGGAAAAAAUUUUGAAUGCACAAGAACUUCAAAGUGAAAUAAAAGGAAAUAAAAUCCAUGAUGAACACCUUUUUAUUAUCACUCAUCAAGCAUACGAACUCUGGUUUAAGCAAAUCCUCUGGGAAUUAGAUUCUGUUCGAGAGAUUUUUCAGAAUGGUCAUGUCAGAGAUGAAAGGAAUAUGCUUAAAGUUGUCACCAGGAUGCAGCGAGUGGCUGUGAUCUUGAAACUCCUGGUCCAGCAGUUUUCUGUUCUGGAAACAAUGACUGCCUUGGACUUCAAUGACUUCAGGGAGUAUUUGUCUCCAGCAUCAGGCUUCCAGAGUUUGCAAUUUCGACUCCUCGAGAACAAGAUAGGUGUUUUCCAGAGCAUGAGAGUCCCUUACAACAGGAGACAUUAUCGUGACAACUUCAAAGGAGAAGACAAUGCACUGCUGCUUCAAUCUGAGCAGGAGAAGACGCUUCUGCAACUAGUGGAGGCAUGGCUGGAAAGAACACCAGGUCUAGAGCCACAUGGAUUUAAUUUCUGGGGAAAGCUUGAAAAAAAUAUUGUUCAAGGCCUGGAAGAAGAAUUCAUAAAGAUUCAGGCUAUGGAAGAGUCGGAGGAAAAAGACGACCAGAUGGCUGAAUUUCAGAAACAAAAAGAGGUGUUACUGUCCUUAUUCGAUGAGAAACGCCAUGAGCAUCUCCUUAGUAAAGGUGAAAGGCGGUUGUCAUACAGAGCACUUCAGGGAGCACUGAUGAUACAUUUUUACAGGGAAGAACCUAGAUUCCAGGUCCCUUUCCAGUUGCUGACUUUUCUCAUGGAUAUAGACACACUCAUGACCAAAUGGAGGUAUAACCACGUGUGCAUGGUGCACAGGAUGCUGGGCAGCAAGGCUGGCACGGGAGGCUCCUCUGGCUAUCAGUACCUGCGCUCCACCGUGAGUGACAGGUACAAGGUAUUUGUAGAUUUAUUUAAUCUUUCAACAUAUCUGAUUCCUCGGCACUGGAUACCAAAGAUGAACCCAAUCAUUCACAAAUUCCUUUAUACGGCUGAAUACUGUGACAGCUCUUACUUCAGCAGUGAUGAGUCAGAUUAAAUUCACCUGCAGAAUCUACAAGGACGAUUGAUUUUUCAGUCUAUGAUUUUAUUUUACGUUAAUUAUUGUGAGUAUAUAAUUUUACUAUAUUUAUAACAAAGUUUGGCAUCAGUGUCCUGACUCAAUUUUGGAAUUGAUUUUAUUACCUUGUGUGAUUAUGCCUUAUAUAAGACUAAAGAUUAACAUGAUGCUGAAUUCAGUUAAAUUGUAGCCUUGUAUAUAGGAUAUUUUUCUAUUAAAAUUCAACUUUCCAGAUAUUUACCUUAAUGUAACCUCUUAAGGUGAUCAUCACUUCAUUGCUCAUAUUUUAUAAGCUUGUAAAGUCAGCUAGCCACUUCAGAUAUUGUGUGUAACAAAAUGUCAUUCUGUAUCAAAAUAUAUUCAAGCAAAAAUUUCAAAAUAAACAUUAGUCUUUUGAUGUGUA